AAGUUUACCCGCAUUAUCAGCGUGUGCAGGGAAUUAUCCCUAGCUAGUUAUCUGGAGUUGCUAACGAGCGUAUUUUAUUGCAUUUACAACGUUUUUUUUGGACUAAGUUGCACACUGGUGGUUAUCUUGUCAUUGCGCCUUGAUAUAUAUACAAAUAUAUCAAAGCAAGGAAACUUUUUUUCAUGUGCUUUGCAUAGCUAUGGCUUGUAACCAAAGUGUUUUUCUAUUUCAUAUUCAGCACUAUGCGUAGCUACUGUUUUAAUAACCAACACCAGCUCAAUAACUUUAUACACAUGUAUUUCUUAAAGAAAAUACUGAUUUCUAUUUAGAAGGGCACCAUAAGUUGUCUUCGUACUAAAUCCAAAUAAAACACCUCUGUUGCUAUCAUUCAGGCUCUAGGGAAUAUUCCCUAAACAUCCGGGUACCGAGACACCUGCUACGUCGCUGUCUACAGAGGAUAGCGUGUCGGUACACAGCGAUGGAACCAGUUAAAAACUCGACCGGUUUGGUAGAUGUGCGUAGAGAUCGUGAGCCUUUGGCCAAACAGUCGUCGAAACAACAGUUACUGGACAGCCAUUCCGAUUCUGACGAUACCUUCUUCGUCCCAAAAAGAAAUGGGACGAAAAACGUCAUAGCCACAUCAUCCGUCGUCCCGUCGACCAGUUCUAGAUCUAGAGCUAGUAGUGUAAACAUGGUGCUAUCGACGACGUCGCGCUACACAGGUGACGAAUUUUGCGAUGUCAGUCUGGAAAACGGCACUGACAUCAAAGUUCUGGGUGGGGAUGGGUUUGGUGAGAGUGCGAGGAAAGUGGACGGUGGCAAAGUGAAAAGGAAUCUCAAAGAUUUCGCCAGCAAAUUCAAACCAGUGCCCCCCACACGCCCGGGCGACGAGGUCAGUGCCAAAAAGUUGAGGGGUGAGCCAGACGGCGGGGACGGAGACGAGGGCCGAGAGGCAACUGCAUCCCUUCCUCCCUUUGACGUCCACACUGAUCAGCAGGAGCUCGUCUACUGCAGGGGCACGAACAGAGGCAACGGCAGGGAGACACGGAACGAAAAUGGGCGUUGCGAGUACGAAGCGGGGUCGCAAAGGGCCGCCCCUUUCUCCUGCGGCGUUUCGAACAACGACUUCCAGUUCAUGUCGUCUUCGCCUCCUUUCCACAAAUGGUCCGUGGCUCAUUUUUCGGCGUUGGCAGAUGACACUGGGUGGGAUGACUCGGAUACCCCUACGUCGUCGGCCAUGAGUGAAAGCAGCAAGAAGAGUGAACUGAGCAAACGCUGCCGGAAGAGCUCGUUGGUGGAUGGGCUUCUUCUUGCGAUCUACCGCCACGAAAGGAGACCCAGCAGCGUAGGGGCAGAGUCUGAUACCCUGACGGAACACUCCACGACCUCCGAUACCCCGUACUACCAGGGGUCCUCCCACCACCGCCCCGCCUUCAGCAGUCAGGCUCGUUCGGGCGUCACCCACAGGAAAUCUCGGCUAAUCACUAAAAGUAACGAGGAGCUGCGACAGCUGGUCUGUUCUCUGCAGACGGCUCUCGGUGGGAAGUGCGCCCUCUUGCUCAAGGAACUGAAGAAGAAGGACCGUCUCAGACUUCGGAGGGACCAGCAGAAUGACGUCAUCACCGCCGUCUUGCACGCCCUGUCCGAGAAGAGAAGUCAGGACACCAGGAUGCGUUUUUCGGUGGCGCCCCUGCCAGGGGACUCCACCUUCGUCCAGUGGCACGAUGCCAUGAUGAUGUGUGCCAGGCUUCCCGGGGGCAUCCCGCAGGAGUUCAGACGCAGGUUAUGGCUGACUCUGUCAGAGAAACAUCUGCAAGCCAGGGGCGUCGACUGGUCGCACGCCCAGAGGUUCUGUUUCAACGAAUGGUCCAACCCUGACGACGACGAGCUCGGCGAUAACAAAAUUGUCAAGGAUCUCCACAGGACGGGCUGCUCGCUCUUCUGCGGAGAGGAAGCGGAGGACAACCAAGCCAUGCUCAAGCGCGUCCUCCUGGCCUAUGCCCGCUGGAACAAGGGCGUCGGUUACUGCCAAGGCUUCAACAUGCUGGCUGCCAUCAUUCUGGAAGUCAUGGAACGUCAGGAGUCGGAUGCCCUGAAGGUGAUGAUCUACCUAAUCGAGGGAGUCCUGCCUGAGUCCUACUUCGCCAAUAACCUCCGCGGGUUGAGCGUCGACAUGGCAGUCUUCCGCGACCUCCUGCGCCUCCGUCUGCCGCAUCUCUCGAGGCAUCUGGAACACCUUCAGCACGACGCCGCGGAUCUGGCCACAGGAACGUGUUACGAGCCUCCUCUGACCAACGUGUUUACCAUGCAGUGGUUCCUCACGCUCUUCAGCAACUGCCUCCCUAGGGAGAUCGUCAUGAGAGUGUGGGAUCUGACGUUCUUGCACGGAAACGAAGUCCUCCUGAGGACGGCCCUCGCUAUUUGGGAUGGACUGGCAGCGAGAAUCCUGGAGGUUCACUCGGCCGAUGAGUUUUAUACUGUGAUGGGGGCCCUCACCAGGGACAUGCUGACAUCAGGAGUCAUCGAUGCCAACAAACUUGUGCAGACGGUGGUGGGGAUGGCGCCCUUUCCCUUCCCGGGCCUGGCGGAAUUGCGGGACAAAUACACGUACAACAUCACGCCGUGGACCCAGUCGGUGUCGUCCGUGGCCAAGAGAGGCCUUCGUCUCUUCUACUCCGACGAUGACGACGACGACGACGAAUCUGAUGAGAAUGAGGACGACGACCAGAAGAUAGCCGUGGCGACGGCUUUCGGCUUGUCUGGUAUCUUUAGGAAAAGUAUCGAAAGCAGCAGAGGACCUUCUCCCGUCAGCGGAGGGGCAGCUGUAUCCCCUAGUGCCUUCCCUCCUCUGGGCAUCCCCUCCUCACGCCACAGCCACGACUCCCCGAGGGAGCUCACCCGCCCAAACCUCGAUAUAUCCGCCCUCAAGAAGCAGUACGCCCGCCUAAGAGAAAGGCAGAAACAAGCUCACAUUAUUCUCACCACAUCUCAGCUUCGAGUGGGCGGGGCUGUAGUAGGAAGUGGGCAUAAGUCCACCCCUCUCACCAUGAACCACCUCCUGAGGGGGAAGAAAGCUCUUACUUCCAAGACACGUCGGGUUGUUCCUCAAGGGGUGAUCCCGGUCAUCAAGCCGAAAAAGAAGGCGGAGAGAAAACUUAGCGAACCCCUUUGGACCAGAAAAAGUCAACAGCCAGCCCAGACAAAACAGCCAUUGGUUCCUGCCACUCCUUCGGCGGCCUCUGCUGGAGGGGGACCUCAGGCACCAAACCAGAAUCUGAAACAGCCAACGGGCGGCAGCUCUGACGUCCCUCCCAAAGUCGUCGAGACCUUGCACUGGAAAGACACCCCGAGAAGAGACCGAAGGGCGUCUCUUCCUUCCGGAGUGAAACUUCUGGAAGGGCCAACGUUCUCCUCGGGAACUCUCGGAGUUCCAGACGAAAUGGAUGACGAUGGUGGGAGCAGUACUUCAACGGAGUUAUGUGACGACGAGGAAGAGGACAAGCUUAGUGACCUCGAACCUGACACUGCGAGUGAACCCAGACCUGCCACUACCUCACCUCGCCUUGAGACAGUUCUUGAGAAUGGAAAGGCCUCCGAGGAACGAAAGUCGCGUCUUCAUGAACAGGACGAGAUCAACAAAGAACAGGAAGAUGUGCUUCCUUCGGAAACACCAAAGGACACAGUGCUAGAAACACAGACAGAGAAAGAGCCCCCUCCUGCUCCAGUACCCCUGGAUAGUGUUGCAGUUGUGGCAACCUUUGAUGAAGGGCCAGCAAAUACGGUUUCAGUUCAUGAUGAGUCACAAAACAACAAAGAAGUUUCAGAAUGUGUUCAGGAAUCGAAAGAUGCUCCUUUAUGGACAUACCAACCUAGCCCAGAAUCUCAGGCCACAUUUAGCAUACCAUUAGAGGAUCUUCUAGCUGGCAAAAGUUUAACUGCAGCUGAAAUAAUAGCCAGAAUACCCUUCCCAAGUGAUGUUAGUUUCAUGAAAGAAGAAUCAGAAAAGUCGGACAAUAUGAAAAAUACAUCAGAAUUAUCUGAAGCUGACUCCACUGACCCAUUUUCAACGUUGCACAACGUCACUCCGGAAAAAUCCCCAGUCGACUCUCCAAUACCACGUUUUCCCUCACCCAUCCCAGAAAAGGAAUCCUCUCUCAUUGUAGGCCCAACACCUACAGCUUCACCUUCAAAAUCUCAGUCUUCGCAUUCUCAGUCUCCGUCACCGAAGGGUUCUCCUUUCAUAUCUCCAGAAAAGUCUCCUGCCAAAUCACCUUCUCUCUCACCAGUAACUGCUUCAAGUCAUUCAGGCCCACCAGUAUGGGGUCUUUCUAAAUUACCACCAGUAACCUCAUCAGAGUCUACUCAAGAUGUGCAUUACACACCUCCAAAGUCUCCUAAGAUCACUCUUGAAGAUGAAAAAAGCAAUAUUUUUGAGAUUCAUUCAGGAUUACCUCCCCUUGUACAGUCUUUCAAAGUUUUGAAAGAUGAAAAUGGUAUCAGUUUGCCAGAAAGUCAAACGAAUGGAGGACUGACUUUUGAAAUAGGAGAUCCCCAAAUUCUGCCAAGAUCUUCACUAAAAGAUCAAGCAGACGCACCAAGUUCUACUUUGUUUUCAGACGAUGAAGCGUCUAAGCAAACACUUAAUGGACAAACACAUUCCUUCUCUUUAGAUGAGGGGGAAAUCAGUGAUUACAGUAGUGUCUUAAAUCAUGUAGAUGUGCCAUUAUCUGCUCCCUACACAUCAACUAGUCGUUUUUCAUCUCUCUUUUCUGAGUUACAAGAAGCCAAAAAAGCUGAAGGCAUAGAAGAUGAAACAAAGCUAUUUGAUUUCCAGAACGACUUUAAAAGCAUUAACACUGAAUCUUCAUCAAGUAAAUCACCUGUCUUGGAGGAAGAGUAUUCAGAGGCCAUUUCGAAAACUGAUACUUGGUUUCCUUCACUUGCAUCAACAAUAGAUGACUCUGUAUUUUUAACAGACUCUAAGACCUCUGAAACUUCUGCCCCACAAUCUCCAAAAGUUCUGCCCUUCUUCUCAGAAAUGUCACCUGCGACGACCAUACAGACAGGCAGUGAACUUACUUUGUUAUCAGAUGUAGUUUACAAUAACACUGCCAUUUCUAAUGCUUUGACCAAAGAAACUGAUUCUGCACAAGCAAGCAAAGAAUUGGAUAUUCUAGCUGCAAAAUCUGAAAGAGAGAGCAGCACAAAAGUUGCAGAAUCUAUAUCACCAGAGAAAGAAUUGCCAAAUGGUUUGGCAACAGAUAAUGACAAGGAUUUUUUAUCGUUCAUACACAAGGAUACCGAAAAAGAUAUGAAUGUUGAUGAGGACAUAUCUGUUAGUUCAGUUCUAACCCUUAAUGCAAGUAACAUACAAACAUCAACUUCAACAGAUAGUGUAAUCAAGACAGAAAUAUCUCCAGCCAAUGAAUUUUCACCAUGGACAAAAUAUCUGAGCAGGGUUUCUGAAGAUGAAGACAAGAACACAGAUGAAACAGAGACAGUACCACAUUCUCAAGAGGAAGGUCUGAUCAACUAUUCUGUGUACCAAAAGGCCCAUGAAAUAGCAAAUCUAAAUCAAAAUCAAGUAACCAUUGAAGAACGAAGUUUAGCUUUUCUUGACAGAGGAAGAGUAUCUUCCAUUGAUGAAGAAUUGAUGAACAGUCAGUCCCUAGACAAUGAGCUAGUGAAAAUGUCCAAAAAACCUUUAUUGUCUAACAUUAGCAGUAGUUCCUUACCUGAAAAGGAGUCUGGGUCAUUGUCCCUUUAUGAUUCUGUGCAUGAAGAAUCAAAAUUACAAACAGUAAAUGAACCAGUGGCUGUUUCUAAACCUUUGUUCUCUUUCUUAACCCCUGAUGUUAAAUCUGCUAUAUCAUUACCUGUUGAAAAAGAUGAUGAAACAUCUCGAAGCUCUUCACUUGAUGACUUUAGUAUACUAGAUGUGAACUCACACAAAUCUGAUUUUCAAGAUGUCCAUGAAACACUGUCUUCUGAGAAGACUACUGCACUUAAAAAUCAGUUAUUGUUUGAUGCCACAGAAGAAUUGCCAUCCAGUGAGAACAUAGAAACAUCAGUUGAAACAAAAUCUCCAACCUUCUGUGAUAAAAAAGACUCGAUACUUCCUUACAUGAAGGAAGAUGAUGCAGUGUUGGUAAGUUCUUCAUCAGGGGAAACAAAGGAAACCUAUUUGGCCUACGAGACAAAAGUGACUCCUGAAGAGACCCCACCAUCUGUUAUCAUCAAAGAAACAAUCCCUUCUGAAAAAGACGCCGACAGUUGUGGUGAUUUACCUACAGAUUUAGAAGGGAAACCAGAUUCGCCUAGUAUCAAAGACACUGUCAAAUUGGUAUCAGAGUUGCCCAAAGAAACAUUUUCAUUAUCUUUUCCAGUUGAUAGCUUAACUGAUUCUGAACAAGAUCAGACAUCUGUUGUAUUGGGUAACACAAGAAGCGACAUUUCCCAAGAAUCAGAGGAUAUCAAAGAACCUGCAAUGACUUACAAGUCCACAGGAAUUCCUGGUCAGUCACGAGAUGGUGCUAAUGAUAGCUCUCCAUCUUUAGAAGGUAAACUCUUAGGUGACUUGCCAAUAGAUCUGAGUCAUAUAAGGAAUGUAUCUUCUAUAUCAUUACCGCCAGAAAAUGUAAAUAUUUCUUUAGAAGAGCUGAAAAUUUUCAGUUUAACCCCGUCAGAGAGAGCUGGUUCACCUACUCAUACAGGUGCAUCUUCGCCCUUGAAAAAUGGUAAAAAAUCUCCAUCAUUGGACUUAUCAUUCGGAAGAGCGUCUCCAGUUAUUACUGUUCGGGAAGGGGAAUCCCUGUCAACAUCACUGGAAGGAAGAUUAUCCUCCUUAGCCAUUGGCCCACCACUAGAGCAUGAUGAUAAUAAAACAGAGGCCUGUAGCAAAGAAGACAAUGAUGAUGAUAAAAUCCUUGAGGAGUCUGAAACUGACCUCUUUAAUGGGAAAGAUCUUAGUUCAGAGGCAAUCCGCCAGAGACUGUGGAGAGGUGUAAAAUCUUUGAGUUUGGACUGUGAUGUCACACUUGAUCCAGAUGUUUUCUGUUUUCUUAUAAAGCACUGUUCGAAAAAGGCUGGUGCUGGGAAAAAAUCAAUGGGAAAGAGAAGGAACAGUGAAGUAGAACUGCAGGAACUAGUCAAAGAAAACACAGAAAUUAUUGAAAGAAUCCUGAAACAAAAAUCACUAGAAGAUUCUAGAAUAUACUGUAUUAGUGAGGGGGACACUGCUGUUAGAGAUUUUCUGGAAAGAUCAGAGAAGAGUGACGACCAGAAAAGUCCUCUUAAAACUGCAAACACAACUUCAGUAAGUUCCCACAGUCCCAGCAGUGACCACAUGGCCUCUCUUCAGUUAUCAAAGGCUGUGUCGAGUGAAUUUUGCUCGGGAAUGGCAGCUUCCAGUCCCGCUGGAGAAAAUGAGAAGGAGGUUAAAAAGGGAGGGACGUCCCCAGUAAAAUCUUACAGGUGCUCUUCAUCUUCUCCCAUGCAGCCAAAAUUCAGUUACUCAAGUAAUGAGAGUGAGAUCAGUGUGAAGAGCUGCGGCAUCACAAAAUCUUUUACAAAGCCUUCCAAAUUAUCUAGAUCUUCCAGUGUCAAUCUCGAUAACCCAACGAGACCCAUCACGUUCAACCCAUUCCCAACGAGAAACAUUAACAAGCCUCCAAAAGAAGUGGCUGUCAAACUUGGUCUGUAUAGUCCCAGCAAAACACCUGGUAGCUCGCCUACGUAGUAGGGCCUCUUGUCAUGCUAAUUAUUAUCCAGACAAAUACUUGUUUUAUCUAGACCAAAUCAAAACCAAUUGAUUACUCCUUCAUAAGGGGCUACAAGAGGAUAGAAAAAUGCUAGUGCUUAGCAGAGAGCUAAAUAGUCAUGCAAUACAUCUUACUGAUAAAGAGAGUAUAUUCAUAGGGAUCACUUACUCAGAUUUUCUGGGUUCCUGAAAAAAGUUUAUCUCCUACUGCUGUUCAUGUUGAGUUAUCAAGUUCAUAUAGCUGCUAAUGUCUUUGUUAUGAAGCUCAUUAACACAUCUCAUGUUCAAUUGUAUAUUGUCUUUCACGGUAUUUCAUGUAGUAGUCCUGUUCAUUAUCUAUAUGAAAAAAUGUAUGUAUGUUUGUAAAUAUGUGUGGUAAAAAUUUAUCACAAAGUAAGCUGCACCAGCACUCGUUAUUAUUUUUACUGAUUGUUACAGAAGUUUCAGUUAGUCCUUUUAUUUGGAGGCUCAUCUAUUUUUACCAUAUCCUUUUCAUAGCUAGUGUAAAUUCCUGUGAGUAGCUUUUUUACGUAAAGUCCUCGGAUGUCUUUUUAAAAAAAAAAAAAUCCCUAAGUUCAAACGUAACGUUUUGUUUGAACUUCAUUCACGACUGGUAGUCUUUUUGCAUAUAGUUCCAAUUAUUAUUAUUAUUAUUAUUAUUAUUAUUAUUAUUAUUAUUUAUUGUUUUUUUUUGUAUUUUCACACAGUCAGUGUUCAGUGCCAUGGCUAGAUGUAAGGAUCAAGAUGUAUUAAUGUGAUACACGUGGAGU